CCCAGCUGUGGCGACGCGGGGUACCGGCGGCGCGCCGGCCAGUCAGCUGACGGCGACGGCCUGUGUCGAGGCCGUGACAAGGCCGUGACGAGGUCGUGACGAGGCCGUGACGAGGCCGUGACGAGGCCGUGUCGAGGCCGUGACGAGGUCGUGACGAGGUCGUGACGAGGCCGUGACGAGGCCGUGACGAGGCCGUGACGAGGCCGUGUCGAGGCCGUGACGAGGCCAGGCCGUGUUAUGAGACUGGCAGACUAGCGGCACCAGAGAAUGAGCCACCAUGGAGCGUGGCUGCUGUUGUUGCUGGACCCUCGAGACGUGCGUCAAGGUUCAAGGCUUCGUCGUCGGGCUGGUCUCCGUUUUAAAUAUCGGCCGAGUCAUGUACAAGACGGCCUUCCCGGAGGAAUUUGACUCGGAAUGCAAGCACACUGCCGCAGGCAUCUAUCUGGACGGCCUGGACUUCCUCAUCAACGGCCUGGGCGGCACUUUCCUGGCGAUCGCCUGCCUCUUCCUCUUGCGCGGCCUCCGCGAGAAGCGGCCGUCCCUCAUGCAGCCCUACCUCGUGGUGUCGACGUGCCUGGUGGGCUGCCUGGCGGCGUACGCCAUCGUGUACGGCGUGGCCGUCAUCCAGGCCCUGCCCGACGAGGAGCACGUCCGCGGCUACCUCAGCGCGGGGGAGGUGGUCGCCCUGGUCGUCGCCGUGCUGCUGCUGCUCAUCGCGUUCCCGACGUACUUCCUGCUCAACGUCUCGAGCCUGAUGGACUACAUGAGCAGCGACGGCUAUCAGAUGCAGUUCUUUUACUACAUCGGCAACAUCAGCGCCGCCUAGCACCCCCAGGGAGAAGAAAAAAAAGUCCAAAUUAUGUCAAUAUGACCUCAAAAUGAGCCAUCUUUGGUCAAAAUUUGGUCCAUUCUGAUGUCCAAAUGACAUCAUUUGAUGUCAGUUUGAUUUGAUUUUGACUACCUGUUCUCCUUGGGUUGGCUGCAUCGGGGCGCCCGACGCCUUUCUCGAAGCGACCCUCGACCUUUGCAUAUCCCUUUACGUUGGAUUGAAGAUGGUGCAUACUAGCUACCUAGGUUAGCUGUCCCUGCACGAAGUAGUAGUGCGUAAGGAGUGUGUCUGAACGUUUUAACGCAGGGUAUGAAAAAGAAUGUAAUGCUAGGCUUACUUAAGUGGUGUGAGAUGAAAAGUAGCUGUUAAUGCUACUUGCUCUGCGUUUUUGCUGCCUUUGCGUCUGCGCCCCCUUUCCCUUUAGAGCGCUGUGUGUGUGUACACGCUUUCAAAACUGUAAACUUUCAUUUACUCGAGUGGACGCUUCUUCCUGUGGUUCGCGUUUCGCUUUCCUUUGCUGUGAUUUUUUUUUCGCGAGGAACCAUAAAAGUCGCGCGAAUUCAUUUAAUCUGCCAAGUAGGAUUCCAAUUUAUUGCGUCGAUGUUCGUGUUUGUAGCCCCUAAGUCACCCUAUUGUAGUACUCAGCCGGUGGGUGGCGGUCGUGGUUCGGCGUAGUGCCGCUCGUAGAUACCCCAGGCGGUGGCGGAGCCUCCGCGCCGAUACCCCGGCCGCUGGGCGCCGGAGAGUGGAGUAUUCGCGCACGGCAGGGUGCUUUAUGCCUAUGCCAUGCCCUGGUGUCUGCAAUGCUGGACUCGAACCCUGCUUGCGAUAAUCCCGUUCAAAACCAUGACUCAGUGGUACCAUUUCCAUAAUGGUACCAAAAACUGAGAAUGUUGGUCAGUCUGGUCGUUGAUAGAGACGGGCCUCGCGGGCCUGGCGGGGUCUGACAUUGCAGUGUGGUGGUUUCUCCCUGCUCCACCAAACACUAGCAUCUUCCACUGUAAUCUUGUAAACAAAAACUCUGUCAAUUUUCAAAACAUACUGCCUAAAUGAGAAUCUUUUUCGGUACGCCGUUGUAGAUCGAUCGAGACUUGUUCUUUCCACUUGCCAACCAUUUUGACUGUAUCGUGCUCUUGCAGAGGGAUGCGUCGUUCGCGUUUAUUGUCAGAGCAGUGGUGAAUCCGUUACUGCUCUUGUGAAGAGCAAUUCAUUGCAAUGCCACCACAAUUACAAAUCUCCGUCGUCUCUCACACGGCCCUGAAGUAUUCUAGCAAGAGGAGAACGACGAGCUCUCGGUGUUGGAUUUAUUUUAGCGUGUAUUUUACUAUGAAUGUGAUAAAUCGGGGCCCCUUUUGUGGCAUCCGUCCCGUUAGCUUUAGUGUGCCAUCAGUAUUGCCGCACUGUGCCUUCCUUCGCGCCACUUUUGCUGGGGGAGGGUGCUUAUCGAGUGCAAAGUGAUAUAUUGUAUUGUAUUAUGUCAGAAAUAUAAACAGAAAUCCUAAAACCACGA